UCACCACCAAAAUUAAGAGAAAAAUGGGAUCUGAGACUUUCCUGGAAGUUGUACUUGCAAUUCUACUUCCUCCUGUGGGAGUCUUCUUACGUUAUGGAUGUGGAGUUGAGUUCUGGAUUGAUUUACUGCUGACUUUAUUGGGAUACAUACCUGGAAUAAUCUAUGCAAUUUAUGUUCUUGUUGGAUAG